AAAAAACAAACAAAAACAAAUUAUAAAUAAAUUAUCUAGAGAGUUCUAGAAGUUUCCCCCCAAUUUGGAAAGAGAAUGACCAACUUUACAAUACUGCAAAAAGAUGAACAAAAUCAGCAGCUCUUCUUCUAAACUCUACGAUCGAUCGACGCCAUUUUCUCUUCAAUGGCUGGUUCGAAACGAAGCCAUGCUACUAAUUCUUCUUCCGACUCCAUGAGGACUGCAUGGGAGCUUAAGAAAAAGCCGGCCGAGCAGAGGCUACUGAAUCUCACCAAGCAGAAGAAGAAUGGAGACUCUGUGAGUACAGAUAAAGCUAUCGUAUGUUCUUUUGGUCUCCAAAACCCUACUAUGGAUCGAGCACACUCGAUGCAGGCAAACUUAUCACCAGAUUUCCCUAGUUUUGUGAAGCCUAUGCAAAUGUCGCAUGUAAUUACAAAACAACGGUUGACUUUACCUAAGCUGUUUUGUGACGCACAUCUACCCAAGGAAGAUGGUAUAAUAGUUUUGUUGGAUGAAAAUGAUCAAUUGCAUGAUACGAAGUACAUGAUGGAAGUGAGGGAUAGAUACGCACUAACUUUUGGAUGGAAAAGUUUCUCGACUGCAAACAAAUUGCUCGAGGGAGAUGUCUUGGUUUUUCAAUUGGUUGAGCCGUGGAAGUUUAAGGUAUAUAUUGUAAGAGAUACAAUAUUAACAAAAGUCGAUGAUCCAAAUCAAGAUCAUUUUCACCGUAAGCUAAUUGAGGCAGGUAUGUGAUUCCACAUAUUCGUAUCUUUUUUUCUUUAUUUGCCCAAAAGAAGUUGAUGCAUUUUACAAUUUCGCCACUACUGUUUAGUUAAAACAGAGCCAGAAGAAGAAAAUUCAGACCCCAUUAAGACAGAUCGAGA